UAGAGAACAGGCACACAGACUCUGGAAUGGAUCUCAUGCUUUAAGGAGGGCAUGACGUAAUCUGUGAUUUCACCUGAGUGGAUUUGUGCUUAAACUGUUUUACCUCCUGUUUGAAGGAUAUCAAUGGAUAUAAAUUCCUUUUCUUCAAGAAGGAUUGGUGAAGGAUGGACAUGUUAAACGUCAAUCGUAUAUCACCUGUGUGAAAAAACAAAAACAAAAAACAAGACAACUUUGUCAAAGCUCCUUGAUUUUACAGGGACCCUGCAAUUCAUAUUUUAGGGUUUUUGUCCAUGUAGCAAAGCAACUUUUAAGACAACACUCUUAUGUACUAAUACUGGAGGGAUCCAAGUCUGAAAAGCUUUGGAAAGUUAAAAGGACCACUUUUGGUUGUAUUGAGUUUCUGGAUUGCACCGAGAAGCACCAGAGAGUUUGUCACUAUUUUGGAUCUUGCUAAUGUUGCCAAUACCACAAAUGCGACACCAGCAGAUGACGGGCAGGAUGCCUCAAGGAGAAGAUAUUUAGAACCAAACCAUCUUCCAAACCAGAACUAGUCUUGCACCUUUUAAAGCAGCUUACAAGAACUUGCCAGAAGCACAAGCUAAAGAAGGCAGUGCAUUAUAACCAUCGUCUGCUCCAAACAUCUCAACAUGUUUGCCCCAACAACAGCCCUGCCUCCACCUCCACCCCUCUUAACAGGAAGUGGACUGCCUGUGCCUGGUGCGCAAUCUACAGGUCCCUACAUAGAGCACGAUAUGCUGCGACAGGAGUUAAACUCUCGCUUCCUGGCCUCCCAGACUGUCGAUCAAGGUGGCGCACUGGCCCCUCCAGCCUACCUUCGCACAGAGUUCCACCAGCACCAGCACACACAUCAACACACUCAUCAGCAUACCUUCACACCCUUUCCCCAAUCCAUCAUGCCCAGCCCAACAGCACCACUGGUGCGUAACCCUGCCAGACAACUUGACAAAUACCCAGCUAAAGUGGACACCUUUCAAAAACACAGUUUGGUCCCAUCCUAUCCAUCAGUAAUGACUGGAAUACCUCCUAUGGUUCCACCUGCUGGACCAUUCAGCUCUCUCCAGGGAGCUUUUCAACCCAAGGCUUCCAACCCAUUAGAUGCGGUGUCAAGACCAGGAUCUGUGCUACACCAACUUAUACAGAAGGAUUCCAGAAAACCAGGGAAGUGGUGUGCAAUGCAUGUCCACAUUGCAUGGCAGGUUUACCAUCAUCAGCAAAAAAUAAAGAAACAGAUGCAGACUGAGCCGCAUAAGCUAGACUUUAGGUUUAAGCCUGAGUUUCUGAAUCGAUCAUCUAGUUCGAGCUUAAUGGGUUUGAUACAGCAGCCACGUGACUUACCCCGACCCUCCACUGUCCUCUCCAAUGCAGGCCCCACACAUCCUUUAGGUUCACCAUAUGGACCCUUAUCGCACACCCCCAACAUCCUCCACAGUUUAGUCCCCCAUCAUGAGUCUUCUAAUAAGCCACUUUCCUUUGGAGGUCUAAGGACACUGAGUACAUCUGCUUUUGGAGGACUAGGAAACCCAGCACUAACACCGAACACAGCACAUGGGACUAAAGAUGGUAAAACGGUGCCAACCCCAAAUGGGCCACAGGAGCCCUGGAACAGACUGCAACAGACCCCCUCAUCUUUCCCCACACCCCUUCUGUGUCCAAGGACAUCUGAAUCUGAGAGAGCUCCAUCUGUACCAGACAGAGCAACAAAUAAGAGAGACUCUAUAAUCAACAAAGAUGAUCUGGAAAGGGAACCAAAAGAGCCAAAUGGGAGACAUUUGUCCCCCAUCAGAAAGAGUGCACUGGAUAACAAACAAUCAACAGCGUCCUUUAAAGGCCCUUCGCCAGAUAAGCCAAAGGAUGAGGACGAGGCGAGAGAGAAAACUCAAGCAAAAGAGCCCCUGCAACAAACCCGAGAAACUGAUGAACAGAGGCACAAAGAGAUCCAAAGUUACAAAAGAGAAAAGGAUGUGGAGAGUGAGCACCAUCCCACUGAAGACAAACCUGCAGGAAAGGAGAGUUCAUCACCAAAACAACAAAGAGAAAAUAUUAAGCGAACAAGUAGUGGUAUUCAGCACUGGGAGCCAGCUGAGAAGAAGAGCAGAGUUGAGUAUGAACCUCACGGAAAGAGCAGCAAGGUGAGGGUCAAGGAGGAGAAGAGAGAUGAUCAGGACCAGGAUGUUACAACCCUUCAGAAGAGUGUGGAAAAACCCUGGCAGGGUCCCAGAAUGUCUGGUAUGAACCCUUCACCUCUCUCAACUCUUCCUUUGCCUAAUGGAAUUGCCGGUGGACACCCCAGCCUUGACAGGACUCGGCUAGUCUCACCUUUCCUGGGAAUGGGUCCAUUCCCUGGAGCUGAGAGGCUGCCUUACUCCCCGCAACACUGGGAGUCCAUGCGGAACAUCUACAGGGGAUUAGACCUUCCUCGGAGAGACUCCUUGGGCAAGGACCUCUUGAUGAGAACUGACCCACUGCAACGUGUGAUGAUGGGCCACAUUGCUUACCCACGGGAGCCGUUCCUGCAGUCCAUGGCCCUGGAACAGAGAAGUCAACUGGAGGAACGACAGCGUCUGGCCUUCCUGAGGGAAGAGAGCGAGAGGAGCCACCUGCUGGCCAUGCAUCAUACUGCACUGGAUCCUCACCUACCUCCACCAGGGAUUCUCAGGACGGCUUACAUCAGCACAGGGCUCCCACAUGCCCCACAUUAUGGUUCUCUCAGUAGGACUCUACAUAAUGCCUAUGUGCAUGCCCAACCACACCCACUUUUCCCAGUGCUGGCUGCACGGCCGGGGUCUCCGAGAAGGAUGACCCCUCUUACAGAGAGACCUGCAUUCCACCCACACAAAGACACUGAGGCUCGGUGAGCUGGACUAUAUCUGGAUUGACAGAUUCAGCCUAUAUCAAGCACUUGAUGUGUAUUCAUGAAAUGUACAGUGGUGAAAGUCUUGAGAUUAUAUUUCUUUUUUGUCAAAAAAUAUUAAAAUUAAUUCUGAGAAAAAUGUUUUUACUUAUUCCUUUUUGUUUAAUGUUGACAAUAUUUCUUAAGAUAAUGGCCAUUAAAUUACUGUAUUAAGGUUCAAACGUUUUCCAGCUAGAGCAUGAUAACUGUUUAUAAUGAAACGAAUAUAGCACAUUAUAGCACAAAUUAGAUGGUAACAGUAACACUUUACAGUAAGGCUGUAUUAGUUUACAUAAGUUAGCUACAUAAGCCAACAAAAACGAACAAUGAAUUUACAGCACUUAUUAAUCUUGAUUAAUGUGAAUUUCAACAUAUAUUAAUUUUAAAAAUUUAAACAAGUUUUAUACGGUAGCAUUAGUUAAUGCAUUAGGAACUAACAUGAACCAGUUCUUGAAUAAAACAAAUAUUAACCAUGAUUAAUAAAUGCAGUAAAAAUAUAUAGUAUAAUUCAUUGUUUGCUCACUGUCAGCAAUUAGAAUUGUAUUAUUAAAGGAAUAUUCUGAGUUCCAUACAAGUUAAGUUCAAUUGACAGCAUUUGUGGCAUAAUAUUGAUUACCACAAAAAUUAAUUUAGACUUGUUCCUCUUAAAAAAACAAGCAAAAUCGAGGUUAAAGUGAGGCACUUUUUUGGAGGGUUUAAAGGGAGAAAUGUGAAGCUUAUAAUUUUACAUUACACAAUACAUUCUUACAUUAAUUCUUCUGUUAAAACUCAUGUAUUAUUUGAGCUGUAAAGUUGUUUACAUUGCCAUUUUAAAGUUGUUUUAGGGUUUGUUGACAUUACAUCGUCAUGGCAACAAAGUUGUAAAAUUAUGACUUUUCACAGAAAAGGUUAGUAAAUUAUUUUAAUCACACUAAAAUCAUGUUUACACUCAUAUUGUUUAUGUCUUGUAGCUAUACUUUUGAAAAAGUGAGUAUUUUAGCGUUCAAAAAUUGGCCCCCAUUCACUUCCAUUGUAAGUGCCUCACUGGAACCCAGACUUUUGCUUUUUUUAAAGGAGGGGCAGGUCAAAAUACAUUUUUGUGGUAAUCAAUAUUAUGCCACAAAUGCUGUCGAUUGAUCUUAACUUGUAUUGAACCCGGAAUAAUAUAAGUGUUACCAGGUUAACAUUAACACAUUUGGUAUCAUAAACCAACAAUGAUCAAUACUUUUUAGAGCAUUACCAUAAAUCUUGGUAAAUGUAUAAAAAAACAAAAAAAAAAAACAACAUAUAUUAUAAUUUUUAACAUUCAAUUAUAGAUUUAAUGUUAAAAAAUUUUUUUAGCAUAUGUAGAAAUUACCAAGAAUAAAUGCUGUAAAAGAAUUGCUCAUUUUUAGUUCUUGUUAACUAUCGAGUUAACUACUACAGUGGUUCUCAACCCUGUUCCUGGAUGCCCCCCAACACUGCACAUGAUGUAUAUCUCCCUUUUCUGACACACUCAAUUCAGGUUUUG